GAAAAUCCGCGCUUGAUUGACAGACCGAAAUCUGAUCCUGUGAAAGAGACAGGCAGCCAAUGGGAGGGAGAGAUCCAUCAGUUUGGUUUGGAGGCCCCUGGAGGAGAAGCAAAGGAAAAAAAAAAACAUUGAACUGAGCUCAAUGACUGAGCUUUGAGCUCUGAGGUGAGCUACUGCAACUAAUUCACGUUUUUAAUCAAAUCCAUAAGGAAUCGUAUGGGAUAUUGCUGUGCAUAUUACUUAGUUUUAGGUUGAUGCGAAUCCACAUCCAAAGGAAAGCUUCAUCUGCAUUCCCACAAAAUAAUUAAAUAAGCCGACACUGUGUAUGAAUUGCAGAAUGGACGGAUUUUACGACCAGCAAGUGCCUUACAUGGAUACAAAUAAUCCACAAGGGACAAAAUGUAAUGAGAGACCAGCAAAUGAGAGGAAAAGAAAAAUCUUGAACACAGACCUUGCUCAUGAUACAGAAGAACUUUUUCAGGACCUGAGCCAAUUGCAAGAAACCUGGCUUGCAGAAGCUCAAGUUCCUGACAAUGAUGAGCAGUUUGUGCCAGAUUUCCAAGCUGAAAACCUGGCUUUCCAUGGUCUCCCGCUGAAAAUCAAAAAGGAACCCCAGAGUCCUUGCUCAGAGUUAAGCUCCACUUGCAGUCAAGAACAACCUUUCCAGUUCAGUUAUGGGGAAAAGUGCCUGUGUAAUGUCAGUGCCUAUGAUCAGAAGCCACAAGUGGGAAUGAAGCCUUCCUGUUCACCGACACCAUCCAGCAGCACGCCAGUGUCCCCUCUGCACCAUGCUUCACCUAAUCCAGCACCAACUCCCAAACCAGACAGGACCUAUCCUUCUCACCUUCCACCGCCCCAGCAAAUACCUGACAACUCUUUCUCAAUGGACCACAGAUUUCGACGACAGUUGUCAGAGCCCUGCCAUUCAUUUCCCACCCCCUCUGCAAUGUCCAGAGAUGGUCGGCCAAUGUACCACAGGCAAAUGUCAGAGCCUAACAUCCCAUACCCACCACAGGCCUUCAAACAGGAGUACCCUGAUCCCGUAUAUGAGCAUGCUGCCAUGGUUGGGGGUCCAGCCAGUCAGAAUUACCCUCCAUCAAUGAUUAUCAAACAGGAGCCGAGGGAUUUCACGUAUGACUCAGAAGUGCCUAGCUGUCAUUCCAUAUACAUGAGGCAAGAAAGUUUCCUGACUCAGAACAGAACUGAAGGUUGCAUGUAUGAUAAAGUACCAAGGCACUUCUAUGAUGAUACCUGUGUGGUUCCUGAGAAGUUUGAAGGUGAUAUUAAACAGGAACCUGGCAUGUACCGUGAAGGACCCACGUACCAACGGCGAGGUUCCCUUCAGCUUUGGCAGUUUCUGGUAGCCCUCUUGGACGACCCAUCCAACUCCCACUUUAUAGCCUGGACAGGUCGAGGCAUGGAGUUCAAACUCAUAGAGCCAGAAGAGGUGGCACGUCGUUGGGGCCUUCAGAAAAAUCGUCCAGCCAUGAACUACGAUAAAUUGAGUCGCUCCCUUCGCUAUUACUAUGAAAAGGGAAUCAUGCAAAAGGUAGCUGGGGAGAGAUAUGUGUACAAGUUUGUUUGUGACCCAGAAGCGCUUUUCUCCAUGGCAUUUCCAGACAAUCAGCGGCCAGUGCUGAAGACAGAUCUGGAGCGCCACAUCAAUGAAGAAGACACAGUCCCACUGUCUCACUUCGAUGAGAACAUGGCCUACAUGCAAGAAGGAACCUAUUGUAAUGCCCACCCCUAUAAUGAAGGCUAUGUGUAUUAAUAACUGAUGUGGCAAAUUAGCCCUCAAAUGCUUAUGUAUAUAUAUAUAUCUAUAUAUAUAUAUAUAUAUAUAUAUAUAUAUAUAUAUAUAUAUAUAAUCAUGGCUCAAGACUGGAUUAGGAUUCACCCUGGUCAUUUUUUGUAUAUCUCUGACAUCACGCAGAGGGGACUUCUUUUCUGUUACACCCACGAUCCACCAUGGAAUGCGCACUUUAUUGAUACAAACUGAAAUUGUAACAUAAAUAGAGGGAAGUGGUGACUUUAUACUGCUUUUGGGGAGGGCAUUUCUGGAGAUGGCAAGGUCACUGUUGAGCAAGAAAGGGUUUGCAAUGUUAAUUUGGAAGCUACAUUGUCCAGUAAGGCCAUUGACAACAAUAUAAAGAACAGAAAAGGAACUGUUCUCAUAUAUAAUGUCCGACAUUAACAGAGAGUAAUAUUUUCUUGGUUUUAAUUUUUUUUUCUUCAUAUCUGAUUGUUUUCUCCUGCUGGUGUCAGCAAUAGAGUUUAUUCAUUUCUUAUUCUUGCAAAUAUAUCUUUAACUUCAUGGUAAUUUUGAAGAGGUAAGAUGAUGCUAUCAUUUUAAAAGUUAGACUUGGAAAAGUGAUACUAUGGUGUAAUAAAGUUCAGGCCACAUUUACUGGUAGUAGAUUUUUGACAAAACUUACUUACGUAAAGAAUCCUAUCCACAUGCAAAAUCCAUUGGUAUUACAUAUGUCCUCGAGAUUUUUGGUCUAAAGCACUAUCCGUGUCAUAUCCCCCCACCCCCUCAAAAAAAAAAAAAAAAGAUCAAAUAUAAGGUCUAAGCAAUAUUUAGUAUUGUGAAGAUUUUUUUUUUGCACCAUACUUUAUUAAGCACUCCAUAAUGAUAUUCAGUAAAUAGGUACUUUGUGGUUUCAGGGUACUUCUUACUGCUGUUUCGAAUUUGUUUAUACAAUAUAGGAGUAUGUCAAUAGAAUGUGCUUCUGCUGCUGUCCUGUUUUCCGUAAUAAUCUUCAUAAAGCAGGGUUAACUAAAGCAACUCAAAGCAAUGCUGGAAGCAGCAUUUCAGGACAACAUAGAUGACUUAGGCUAUAGCUAUGCUGUAAGCAGCUGUAACGCAUUAUUAGAUGAGAGAAUAUUGUGCUUCAGAAUGCUAAGGGAAAUUAUAUACAGAUCUUUUUGUAUCUUUUGGUGGAAUGGAAACAAAAUGUAUACAAAGUUUGACCUUGUAGUGCUGGCACUGUCUUGUUAAAAAAAAAAAAAUAAUAAUAAUAAUAAAAUACAUAGCUAUGAUAAUAAAUGUAAAGGCAGAACAUUUCUUAAAUACUUUUUUUUUUUUUUUUUUUUUUUUUUUGCUCAAUGAGAUUGCAAACCGUGAAUUGCAGAACUUGCGUGUGAUGCUUGGCUUUAUUUCAGAAAAAGCAGUGGCUCAGCACACGUCCAUCCAUUUUGACCCUUUUCUAGGCAAGAAUACAGACAUGGAACGAGCUUUUGAGUUAGGCAGGUCAGACGUGGGUGGGAGUGAAAAUGCCACAGGAUUAUGAGAUUCUUCAAUGUCGCUAUCAGCACAUUGCUGGUCUGUCGAGGAGAAUAAUGACAGGGGAAGUACUGUAGUGCCCACUUCGUCCCUUUCUCCAACAGCAGUUCAGAGAGAGACGUCUGUGGGAAUUGAACGCUGAAAUGCAUAAAUACAAAGAAAUAGCCUCGACUUGGAAGUGAUUGCAUUGGUCUCAGAGCACUUAGUUGAAUGUUACAGUAGCAUAUUUGGUUUCAUAAAUAAGACAGUAUCAUACUCAAAUGUAAAGGCUCUUGUAACAUUCUGUACACUGAAUUUGCUCCUUGAUUGAACCAUUUAAUUGCAUGCAAACAAGGAAAAACCACUUUUUUUAUGGAAAUAGGGAAAUAUUUUUUUUGAAAAAUAUAAUUGCCAGUGUAGUAGAGGAUGAACAUUGUGUGCUGAAACAUUUGAUAUACACCUAGUGACUUUUGUCUGUCAAGGAUACAGUUCAUUUUCAUUGGAGGCUUCUUUAAAAAAAAAAAAAAAAAAAAAAAAAAAAGCAAAGAUGUGUGGUGCUUACAAGAUGUAAAUUUAAAAACAUAAAUAAUAAAAAAUAAAUUAUUUUGAAUGCCCCUUAUCUGAGUUGACAAACUUACUAAUAAUCAUGUUAAAAAAAAAGUGUAGUGGACAUGGUAUCUAUGAACUUAUACCUGGCUUUAUUGUGUUUUUAAUGUUUUAACUUUAAUUUUUUUUUUUUUUUUUUUAAAUAUAAAUAACUUGCGUCAAGGUUUAUAUAAAAAUUGUCUAAAUGCUGCUUUGGUCAUUUUCUACAGGCAGAUAAAUAAAUAUGCCAGCUGAAUUCUGCAGCGCUCUUCUGUAUUUAAGAUUUUUGUUAACGCAUACUGAAAUUAUGAUUUUAAGAUUUUUGAUUUUGUUAAAGCAAUGAACAAGAACAAAGCCAACUUACUCAACUGUUUUAUAUUUAAGUGUCUUUGCCUAUAAUAAAAUGGGGGGAAAAACA